CCUAGUGAAAAUAAACAGUUUGUAAUGUCAGGCAUCUUUAAGCAUGUUUGAAAUAAUGUGUGCUUCUUUUUAUUUAAGGGGAAAUCCACACCUGAUCUGUGUGUGUUGUCGGGAAAACCUCUCCUUGUCCUUCAGGUUUCCUCACACACCUGUGAUUGUGAAAGGGGCGGAGAUUUCUCUGAACUCCCCUUUACAUUCUCACUGCUUCUCAGUUCUGAUUUCACUUUUGCUGUGUUUAUGCCUGCACUGGACUUGUUUCUUUUUAUUGUAGUUAGUAUUUUUUUUUUUUUUUUUAUAGUUUUUUUCUUUAAUAACAUCUCAGUUUAUAUGUUUGGCAAAUAAUCUGAAUUAGGAAAUUCAACAUGGCUGAGAGUGUCCUAAAUACUCCGGACCUGAAGGAUCUUGAGGAAGAAGAAUUAUGGGAUCUUAUCAAUGAUAACCGUCAUGCCAUCUCUCUUGGCGUCCGUCCCUGUGUUCUCAUCCCUUACCUGCGACAGGCACGGGUCCUCACAGACUUGGAUGAGGAUGAGAUUCUCACCUGUCUCAAUUUUACCAACCGUGGCAUGAAGACAAGUCACAUGCUUGACUUGUUACAUGUACAGGGUCAUAAUGGUGCAAUGGCUCUGCUUGAAAGUCUGAUGAUUCAUUACCCUACUCUCUACACACGGAUCACCGGCCGCGAGCCCAGCAUUGAGCCUUCAGGCUUCAGCGGCCUGAUAAAUUAUAAUGAGUUGACAGAGUACCUGGUUCAUGCAGUGAGCAGUAUGCAGACAGAGCUACAAGUGGCACGGCACGAGGCUUUGCGGCUGCAAGGCAGAUGUUGUCAGCUGGAGGGGAAACUAGAACAGGCCCAACAAAAUAAUGAAGAGCUCAGCCAGAUGCAGGGAGAGCAUGCACGACUGCGCAGUCACCUGGAUGAUUUAAACAGGGAACUGCUGAAACUGAAGGAUGAGAAGUGUGAUAUCUAUGUCAGAUAUACCACAGCUCUUGAGGAGAAGUCUGCAACUAUUGUACGCAACAGAGACCUGCAACUGGAGAUUUCCCAGCUGCAGCAUGAGUUAAAGAAGGCAAGGAAAGAGACAGACUUUGAGAGGCAGCGUUCCUUGAAGAAUCCCACUGACACACAGAAGCUCAAAGAUGAGCUCAGCGCUGUACGAGCAAAGUUACUGGAGACUGAGACACUGUUCCCAGUACAGCAAGAUAUCCUAGUCCAUGAUUUAAAGGAGGUUGAGAACAGACGUUCAGAACUUGCUGAGGAAGUCAGCAGGCUGAGUGAGGAGAAUAUACGACUCCAGCAAGAGAAAGAGGAGCUACUAGAAGGGAAGGACUGUUUAGCCCUGGAGGUGGAGAAGUUGACUGUGGACUGUGAGAUGUAUCAGCACAGGAGUACCCUGUUCCAUAGUCAGCUAGAAGAGAUUCAGGCAGAGAGAGACAGGGCAUAUUUGUCCCGAGAUGGGGCCCAGGCUCAGAUUGCACGUAGUCUCGCAGAAAAGGAUGUGCUGAGAGGCCAACUCAUGGAGCUACAGGCGAGAGUUUUCGUCAUGAAUGCCUGUAGCAAGCAAAGAGAAAGAAGAGAAAAAUCAAGGGACAGGAAGCUCAGUUGUGAUAGCAGCAGAGGUUCUUGCAGUGAGUUCCCUCCAUCCAGUCCCCCAGCCAGAAGACAGCUAUGCCGCUUGAAUGCAAUUCUUCCUGAGAGUUUCAACUCUUUUGAUGCCUGUGAGUUCAAUGAUGAAGCAAUCUGUAGCAUCAGUUCCAAUCAAGUGGAGCCCCCCUGUUCUGAAUCUCUCCGCAGACGAGGCUUUGCCUCCAGAAGUGACGUAGAAGACAUUUACAGCAGUCAGGAUUCCCUCAGCUUUGACCAUGAUUAUGUUUUCAUUUCUAAAGGAGAUAGUUUUGAUGAGUCAAAAUCACCACUUCCCUGUUCUACUAGCAGAAGGAGCCCAAAUGACAGUGUCUUAAGAGCAUCAGCUCCACCCUUCCUAAUGCGCUCCAGACCUCAGGCCCUGCGGAUCAUUGGUCGUGUACUCACUGUGUUUUUCCAGGGAGAAAUGCUGUUGAAUCAAAUACAGGUCAUUGGGGGCAAUAAGACCGGUGUGUUUGUGCAUCAUGUGACAGAAGGAUCAUCUGCUCAUAACACAGGCAUCAGCCCUGGAUCUCAGAUACUUCAGCUAAGGUAUGAGCGGGAACAAAGAGCUGUAAUAAUGGUUAUAGAAGACACUACUUUGGAAGAGGCCCUGUGGGCCUUGGGGCAAGUCCAGGGACCAUGCAACAUUACACUGAGACCCAGCCAAGAUGCUUAUGAGAACCUGCUGCAGCAGCUAAAGAAUGGUGAGGUGAUGUCGGGUGAUUCCUUCUACAUCCGUGUAAACAUGACAAUGCCAGGGGAUGCAGCUGGGACUCUCGCAGUCAAGUGUAAUGACAUUGUCCAUGUGACAGACACUCACCAUUCCAAUGAUGGCUCCUGGUGGGCCAGUCACGUGCACCCUUGUCACUUGGAAGACCUGAAGAGUGGGGCUCUGCCCAAUUACUACAGAGCACAGCGGCUCUUAAUCAGGACUCUAGAGGAUAUGACUUACCCUCGAAAAGCACAAAGAAAGGGGAAAACUUUAGCUCAUGAGAAGCAGAGAGCAGCGAGGAUCGUCAUCACUGGUCAGCAAAGUAGAAACCCACUGUGGGUCAGUGUGGAGGAUGACAACAACACAGCACAGGACAGUGAUGGCUGUGUGCCCAGCAGAUGUGUGACCCUAAUGCCCUACACCCUGGUCUCACCUCGUUUCCCACCCAUCUGCCGACCAGUCCUCCUCCUUCCCACGUUGCUUGGCCGUGUCUUGCACAAACGGUUGGCAGAACAGGAAGGUUAUCAGUUCUGUGAGCCAGAGUUGCUGAUGGCGAGUGAGCAUGCCAUUCAAAUGCAGAAGGGGGAGAUUCUUGAAGAGUGUGACUCAAAAACACACCUUUGCUAUACGUUGCAGGGAGUGGAGAAGAUCAUGAAGCGGGGCACUCACUGUGUGUUACCGCUGGGUUUGGACUGUGUGCGUCGUCUCCACCGUGCCGAAAUCUUCCCCAUCAUCAUCUACAUCAUGUCUACAGAGAGGAGUCUCCGCAGAUUGAGACACAAACUACGACAGAAUGUUUUGACCGAGUCCCAGGUGCUGGAGUGUUCUUGCAGUGAGGAGCCCCUUCUGGAUAAACUGCCCUGCCUUUACCAGAGCAUUCCACCAGAGAGCUGGCAUGACAGCGCCACCCUAAUUGACACUCUGAAAAUGGUGGCGUCAGAGGAGCAGCAAAAGAUUGUGUGGGUCGAGUCAGAUACCUGGUGAAAGAAUAAUGGGAAUGAGAGCGUAAAUUCAAAAUCCUCCUCACCACAAUUAGAGUAUUAAGGCCAAUUCAUACUUUGUUGAACGUACAUUGUAGACACAGUUUAGUUAUGCUGUUUAUGAUGUAGCCUGAUGUGCACCUCUCCAGAAGUUCUAUGAUAGGUCUUCUUUAUAACCAAAGACCUUCACCCGGGAUGAUUUAAAAAAAAAAUAUCUGCAGUAGUUUCACAUCCACUGGGAAUGAAUAAUAUAGAUCCUGACUGAUUAAAGCUUCAAAUGAAAGCAGUGAGGCUGAUUACACAAAUAGCAGGCUGGACAGAGAUGAUCAUAAAUCAUAAAUGAAUUUAAUGAUCCAAAACUUCCAUAUUCACACAACAUUGUUUGUCCAUACAACAAUAUUGAUUAUAACAUGAUUAGAAGAGAAUUCCACUAAACAUUUAUGACCCAAUGCAGAGAGGUCCAAAGAGGAAAUAUAAUGGGCCUUUUAGUUAAAAGGUUUAUAGGAUAGAGGUUUGCUACAAAGUUGUACACUACCGCUCAAAAGUUUGAGGUCAGUAGAUAUUGAAAGUAUACCUUUAUUCAGUUAACAUGACUUACAUUGUUACAAAAAAAUAUAUUUCAGACAAAUGCGGUUUUAAACUUUCUAUUCAUCCAUUUUUAAAUAAAGUAUUACCAUAUCCCUUAGAGUAUUAUGCAGAACAACUGUUUUAAAUAUAAAUAAUAAUAAAAACAUUUUUUUACUUGAGGACCAAAUCAAUAUAUCAGAAUAAUUUCUAGAUCAUGUCACACUUAUGACUACAAGACUGCAGUGCAUGGCUCUUGAAAAUUCUGCUUUGCCAUCACAGGAAUAAAUUACAUUUUAAAAUAUUUUUAAAUUAUAAUAUUAUUUCAUAAUAAUACUGUUUUACUGUAUUUUUCAUCCAUUAGAUGUUUUGAGACUUUUGAAUCAUAGUGUGUAGUAUAUAUAAAAAGUAAUGUUGCAACAUUCACAGAUAAGGCAUUUUGUCCUAAGUGCUGGACCCUAAGGGUUCUGAGACUAUCAUUCAGUAUAUGUGCCAGGACUUAAAGGAGUUUCUUUUUUUUUUCUUUAUCUAAAUAUUAAAGUAUUGCUUAGAAAUGGGUAUACAAGGUGCUUUAUUGGGACUUGUUUUUAAGAUGCAUGCUAUCUUUAUUUAUAACUAUAGUCUUAAUGCUCUAUAAUACUGAUCCACUAUUUUAAAUGCACAACAGAUAAAUAUUAAAUCAGAUUUCACUGACCAUCUGUGUAUAAAACCAUCAGUGGAAUUUGUUUACAACGAAUCAGCUACCUAAGUUACAUUAAGUAGCAACAGAGCACAAAAUCCAGUUGAUAUUAUACUUAAAAGUGUUAUUUACCCCAGGCUCACAAACAGAGGUUAUUGUUUAAGUUAGGGAAAUAUGCAAAUGAUAAAUACGUCAUUACUGCACAGAAAUCCAAAAAAUGAGGAUAUAGAGCACUGCCAGAGCAUUUUCCCCUCAGACCUUAUAUCUAAUCUCAGCCGCCCCACAUGCACUCCACCACACUAAACUAUGUUAUACAUUAUGAAUUGUUUUUACUCAGGUUGAAAUGCAUUGUUUUUGCAAAAAAAAAAAAAAAAAAAAGUCAACAGUUUUCACUGUUUGAAAACUGACAGUUUAGAACUGAGAGCAAGUAACUAUUGAAUAGUGAUUUAUAGAUAAUACACAUUACAAUGUUAAUGUUCUCUUUUAUAUUUGUAUAUUCUGUUUCAUUACAAACUGUAAACUGUAUACCAUGUGUACAAUUCUGUUGUAGAGUAUAUCUCUGUGAUUAUGUAAACGUUUUUAUUUUUCUUCUCUGAUGUGUACUGAUCUACACAAAACACUUUGUCUCUUGAUCAAAGGAUGAAUGUUGAACAGGAACCAUACUUUCAUAACAUACUGUACAGCAAAA